GCAAUCAGUUGAGCUUCAGCAAGAAGCAAGCAGUACCCUAGCCGCCGUCUCCAGACCUUCGAGUUCGCCGGAGCUCUUCUCCUCCCGCUUUCUGCCGUCCGGCCGGACGUAUCUUUGACUGCGGCGAACUGUGAAGGAAAGCCAGCGCCGGAUUCCCGCGACAGCCGACGGCCUUCUCAGACUUUCUCGCCUCCGCCGUUUGCCCUGUUCGCUCCCCGGUUCUCACGGGCUGCGAUAAAAAAAAAAUGAGAAAUUCGGAACUCGAUAUUAAGAGGAUGAAGAGCAAGAAAAAGAGGCGCGAGAAUGAGGUCCAAGUUAAGAACGAAGAAGAGAGUCAUGAAAGGAAUGCAGGGGCUGGGAAGAAAAAGAGAAGAAGGGAAACGAAGAACAAUGAUGAAUCUGGUGAAGUGGUGAGAGUCAAUGAAGGGAACACGUCGAUGGAAGUAGAGAAGGUGAAGAAGAGGAAAAAGAGACAAAGGAAAGAGAUUGUGGCAAAGACCGCUCCUGUUGAAGAGUCUGAUCAGUUUGAUGAUGGCUCCUCCAGGCAAAAAAGUGGUAAAUCCAACAAAUCCAAGAAAGACAAGAAGAAAAACAGGAUGAAGCAGGAGGUUGCAUCAGAAAGAGUUGACAUACAGGUGGAAACAGAAAAACAGGAGGAGGAUGCCUACUGCCUGUCAUCAGGCGAUGAAGACUGCUCAAAGGGAAUGAAAAAAUGGCUUACAGAGUACCACGAAAAUAGACCAGGUUUGAAGGUAUUGCAACAACGAAUAGAUGACUUCAUAAUCUCUCAUGAAGAAAAGCUCGAAGAGGAAAAGAAAGAAAGAGAAGCUCUAGCCGCAGAUGGUGGUUGGACAGUUGUUGUACAUCAGAGAGGAAGGAAAAAGACGACGGAUCCUGAAAGCGGUAUUGCUGUGGGCUCCGCUGUUCCAAUUGCCAAAGUCGAUGACAUCACAACCAAGAAGAAGCGCAGAGAAGUAGGAGUAGAUUUCUAUCGGUUUCAGAAGAGAGAAGCUCAUAUGAAUGAAAUCUUGCAACUCCAGAGCAAAUUCGAGGAGGACAAGAAGAGGAUUCAGCAACUCAGGGCUGCAAGAAAGUUCCGACCAUACUGAGCUUGCUUGAUCCUUGGAGGAUUUAAGGGUACGAUUCAUUUCUGAUAACUGAACCGACAGGAAAUCAAUCCGCUUUGGUUUCACCAUGCGUAGACAUUCUCCUAUCUCCUACAUUCUCGCGUAUUUAUCAAGUGUAGUUUUCUUGAAUACAACAUUGUGUGAUAGAAAUUACUACAGUUUGGUUUCCCUUUUUGGGAAAAAGCUGUUUUGCUGGGUUGACACUCCGUUGAUGAAGGUGGAGUUGAACCAUCCGAUUUUACUAACACAAUUUCGUUCGCAGCAAUCUCAAACUUCUCCCGUAGUGAAUAGAUUUGAAAUUGUGUAACUUAUCUCUAUUAUAUUUUGUGAGCGUACUCUAUUAGAUUUGAAUUAUUUCUUUAGCUCUUCAAAUAUAUAUUGCAGGCAUGGAGCAUUCGACAAUUUGCACUCCCAAGUCUGCGUUAUAUACAUCAUUUUACACUUUUCAAAAAAUAACCAAGGCUCUAGCACUAGGGAACUUUGGGGAUGCGAGUAUGCGACUGAAUGAACUCAACUUGGUUAUGGUUCUUGUGUUUGUUGGCGUUAAGAUAUAACACUCGCGUUCAUGGAUCAUAGAACUUGUGAUCCAACAAUCCAAAGGUGUGCUAGUAUAUGUUGUAUUUUCAAUGAGCAUUAUAACUAUGUAAACUUAUUAGAACUUAGUCGAGUCUCGGGUAUAAUUGGAUCUAAUAAGGUUUACUUCAAAGAAAAUAACUCAACUCUCGAUUUCUCUUUCACUUCUCUCUCCGCAACCCUAACACGAACAAUCCCUCGCCUUCCAAUGGCCUCAUGUCAUCGUGCUUGUUACCAAGCUGCCAACCGUCACCCAUUUUGGUCCCUUAGUGUUACCUCUCGAUUUUCUCUAACAUUGACUAGCCUCCCCGUGUUUCGUUUGAGUGUCCAUCCUUCAAACUUUUGUACAUUUUCUUUCGUCUUUAAUUAGUUGCUAUUAUUACUUUUUAGUCAUUUAAUAUAAAGAGAAUACACUUAUUUUCUCUUAAUUGCAUAUUAAAAUGGAAUGACUUACUCUGAUAUGUACAUUGGCGUACUCCCCUCGCUUUUCGUCCUUCGAAACUAAAAUAUAUAUAAAUAGGAAGAAAAACAACAAAUGAAUAAAAAGAUUUUGAAACUUAUUCAUCUUCUUUACAUUAUCGAAUCUAAAACACACCAUACAUGAAUAAGAACCCCACAUGAUUUGCAUGAAAUUAUUAAAAUAAAAACUUAUUUUACAUGAAAGCUACACAUAACUUAAAGGGGUCAUACUUAUAUGUAUAUGGUUAUUUUAUCUUCUUUUCUUACAAGGAUUGUUUUAUCGUCUUGGUUGAUCCCUUCUUUUUGUUGAGAUAUUGGAAGACAUUAAAAUUUGUCGUUGAUCCCUUCUUAUUUUAUCUUCUUUUGGUAUGAUCAAAUAUUGAGACAAAAAAUAAAUUAUACUCUUUUUGAAUGGAGAUGUGUUCGAUUAAAUAUCAGGGAGAAUAGAGCUUGGAAUGAUACUCAAAUUCUUGAAACAUUCCACACCGCACCACACUUUUUUUACACACACUUUCUCUCACGUUUUCCUUCACCCAUCGCUCUGUGGGUGUCUCUCUUCCGUUUUGUUUUUAGUGUGGGUCGCGCUAAUGAAGAAUAGCGGCAAUAAUAUCUUCCAAACGCAGCAGAUUAAUAGUCCCUCUGGACCAUCUCCGUUGCUUCACCCAUGAUUGGGUUUUUGCUUCAUCACCAUCGUGCGACUGCUUGUAACUAGCUUCACCGCCUUCGUACGUCUCUCCGCUUGGAUUGUCUCCCUCAUAAUUUGGGUUGCUGCUAGAGGGUUGGGGCAGUUACCUAUUGAAUUCCUCUAUUAUAUCGUAUCUGCUGUACUCCAUUUUGAUAUACCUUUGCAAAAAAAAAAGAGUAGGAAAAUUAAAUUGUAGAUAACAAU